AUGGAUGCUUGCUGUGCUGGGCUGAAACCCAUCAGCAAGAAUGGGUUUUGCAACGCAGAAAAUGGAUUUCUGGGUGAGAAAGUCCGAGGUAGUCUGAAUAAUUGUUCUUUGGGUAAUUAUCAAUUGGGGAAAAAUUUGAGCUUUGAGAAGAAGGAGAGAAAAAUCAAACCUGGGUUUGCUAAAUCUGUUCUCACUAGAGAACCCAACAAAGAAACUCGGACAGUACAAUCACCGAAAUCGGAGAGACGAAGGGCGAACCCGAAAAAUGUGGCUGCAAUAAUAUUAGGUGGGGGCUCAGGCGCACAACUUUUCCCCCUCACAAGCAGAGCAGCUACCCCAGCUGUUCCCAUUGGAGGAUGCUAUAGACUGAUAGAUAUCCCGAUGAGCAACUGCAUAAACAGCGGCAUUAACAAAAUAUUUGUGCUCACACAGUUCAAUUCUGCCUCCUUAAAUCGGCACAUUUCACGCACGUACAUUGGAAAUGGUCUCAGCUUUGGUGAUGGAUAUGUUGAGGUUUUGGCAGCAACACAAACAGCAGGGGAAUCGGGAAAACAGUGGUUUCAAGGGACUGCCGAUGCCGUUAGGCAAUUUCUAUGGCUAUUUGAGGAUGCCAAGGCGAAAGACAUUGAUAACAUCUUGAUUCUAUCGGGGGAUCAUCUUUAUAGAAUGGACUACAUGGACUUUAUUCAGAACCACAUUGACCGCAAUGCUGACAUCACGCUUUCAUGUGCUCCGGUUGGUGACAGCCGAGCAUCCGCUUUUGGACUGGUGAAAAUCGACAGCAGGGGUCAAAUCACUCAAUUUUCCGAAAAACCGAAAGAUGCUGAAAAGAAAGCAAUGCAAGUAGAUACUUCUAUCAUAGGAUUAUCUCCACAUGAUGCCAUAAAAUCUCCAUUUAUAGCGUCUAUGGGAGUUUACGCGUUUAGGACAGAUGUGUUAUUGAAGCUACUUAAGUCGAGUUACCCCAGCUCGAAUGAUUUUGGAUCUGAAAUAAUUCCCUCAGCAGUAAAGGAACAUAAUGUGCAGGCAUAUAUAUUUAGAGACUAUUGGGAGGAUAUUGGAACAAUAAAAUCAUUCUAUGACGCUAAUUUAGCUCUUGCUGACGAGUUUCCGAAAUUUGAAUUUUAUGAUCCAAAGACUCCUUUCUACACGUCUCCUGGUUUCUUGCCGCCAACUAAAAUCGACAAUUGCAAGAUUAAGGAUGCAAUAAUCGCACACGGGUGCUUCCUACGUGAAUGCAUAGUCGAGCACUCUAUAGUUGGCGAACGCUCUCGUCUAGACUCCGGUGUUGAGCUGAAGGAUACUUUGAUGAUGGGGGCUGAUUACUACCAAACAGAAGCAGAAAUUGCUUCACUCUUAGCACAGGGGAAAGUCCCAAUUGGGAUUGGAGAAAAUACUAAAAUCAGCAAUUGUAUUAUCGACAAGAAUGCAAGAAUCGGGAAAGAUGUGAUCAUCAAGAAUAAGGACGGCAUUGUUGAAGCUGAUAAGCCCGAGGAAGGAUUCUAUAUCCGUUCGGGUAUAACGGUUGUAGUUGAGAAGGCAACUAUCCGAGAUGGAACCAUUAUUUAG